AUGGCACUGAAUUAUGAAACACUAAUACACGCUGCUAGUAAACCUCCCGGACAACGAACCACAAGGGAAAUCAAUGAUUUUAUAUUUCCAUGGCUUAAGCAAUCAUUAAAAAAGAAGCAAGGAAUAUUUCAAAAAAUUUCCGAUGAUGUGAUUCAUGAUAUAUGUAAAACAAUUACAUUGGAACGACGUCCCGCAUGGGAUGUUGUUAUUCAUCAAGGAGAUCCGGGUGAUACGUUUUACAUUAUUUUACAAGGUUCAGUAAACAUUUAUCGCUUCGAUGACGACGGUCCGAAGCCAGCUGAACUUCAAUUAGACACUGUAUCAGAAUUUACAAAACUUGAUAGUGACUCUGAAAAACGUGAAGAACUUAUAGCACAAGCAUUUGGAAAUUACAUUGUUACUUUAGUUGGUGGCUUUGAUUUUGGUGAACGUGCACUUAUUACAAAUGAACCACGAAGUGCUACUGUUAUGACAAUUAUUCCAACAGAUUUAUUAGUUGUUGGUCGAGAAGUUUUUAGUCGAACACUAAAGGCAGCACACGAAAAAGAACUUCAAGAAAAAACCGAUUUUAUUAAUCGAUGCCCAUUAUUUUCUUCAUGGACACCAAGACUUAAACGUCUUGUUAGUCUUAGUUUAGAACGCGGUAGAUUUUCAUAUGAUAGUGCACUAUAUAAGCAAGGUACACAUGCUGAUGCUGUCUAUUUUAUAUGGAGUGGUGAAGUUAAAAUAACUAUGGAUCCAUUAUUACAUUGGUUACAAUAUCCAAACCUUCUUCCACAAUCCGAUUCCAUGAAACAGCGUGCUCUUGAAUUGUUUUUACCGAUGCUUCAACGAUCUGAACCCGCUAAUGUUCAUAUUCCAGCAAUAUUGAGUACAGAUAUGCAUAGAGAAAGUUUUGCUAUAAAACGACGCCAUAUGACAUUUGCAGAAGCGGAAAAAGAACGUGCUCAACGAAUAUUACAAUUAGUCCUAUUGAGUACAGGCGAUAUUGUGGGCCUAGAAGCUUAUGUAUGCGAUUUAGCGACACAUCUAAAUGCAGCUCGAUGUACAGCUCCAUGUGAUUUGUUUUAUAUAUUAAAACAUAAUUUUGAACGUUUACAAAAACGCCAUGGUGCUCAAGGUUUAGGUGAACGUCUACGUGAAAUGGUGCUUCUUUCAAUGCAAGCAUAUCCAACGCGUAUAAUGCAUCUACCAUUAUUUAUUUCUCUAAUGAAAAGACAAUUGGCACCGCCAAUAACCGAUGAUCAAACAUUAUAUCAUACUAAACAAUCGUGGCUUUUACAUACUAAUCAUAAUGCAGCUCAUCCGCACUUGCGUCGAUCAGGUACAACAUUUUAUGCCAAUGGUAAAGAUCGUUUCAUGGGAACUACAGCUGAUUCUCGAACAGACGCACGUUCAUCUCGGUCACAUCGAGUGGAAAGUUCAAUUGCAAUAAAAUACGUAACCAAAGAUCAGAUUUGCGUUGAAAAACUUGAAGAUCGUCUUAAAAAAUGGCACGCACAAAUGGGCGAUGAUUCAAAAGCACAAAUAAGACCAUUAACACGAUUCCAUGUUCCUGAUGUAACUCCGAAUGAUAUAAUAUCAACAUUUCCAGUACAUGAGAAAACCGAAGCUCAAUCAAACGGUAUUGUUGUUUCAGCAAGUUUGUCCGGUGACGGUGAUGAGUUAAUAAGUCCUCUUGAACAACUUCUUGUGAAUGUACAAAAUACUUAUAACCAACCAAUAUCUACAUUUGAUUCAAAUAUUUCAAAAUAUCCUUCAAACUUUAAGCUACCGCCCAUGCAAAUUUAUUCAAAACAAGAACUCUAUGAAGAGAAGCGAGCUAAGUUAAAAACAGCGUUGAGAAAUUUUUACAAACGCUCCGUUCCAACUUAUAAUUAA